UUUUUCUUUUUCAUAUUCAUUGUUCAUGGCGGAUCGCUCCUCUUACUUUGAGGACGACUACGGCCAGCAUGGCGGUCCACCAGACUCGUCGCUCUACGACGACGAAGCGACUGCAGCGGGCGUUGAGCCAGACUACGCGGAUCAGCAGCAGCAGGACGAGAACGACGAAGGCGCCGCGGACAUGGAAGACCAGGUCCGGAUGGAGGAGGUCGGACGCGUGCUGGUUGGCGACGCUGCAGAAGUCAGCGAAGCGAUCAAGGCGCACGACAAGCUCGUUGCUGAAGCACAGCCGACGAUGCGGCCGCAAAGCCAGCUCAUGGCCACGUCAACCCGCUUUGGAAUUCUGGUCUACACAACGGGAACAGCCCUGCAUGUUGUGCACUUGAAGGACGCAAUCCAAAGUGCAACCAAUGAGACCAGGAUUGACAGCAUGAAUGGGGUCGCUAGUGUGCAGUACUUGCUCCCGGAGUGCUCUGUGCUCUCGAAAGAGACACAGCAACCUGUCAUCUACCGCUGCUCGAGCGUGCAGUUUUUGGGCGACGAGUGCUUCCUUGGACUGAUCUUUGGUCGCCGAGUCUUGAUUGUGUCGCUCGCAGGAAUGAUGGCCAGCCCACCGAAAUCGGAACUUCCGGCGUCCUGCUAUGCCGUCAUUACGAUGGCGACUGCCGUUCACCAGAUUGUGGAUGCAACCGAGGCCGACAACACAGACCCAGCACCCAGCAGCGUCAGCUUUUUGCUGCUCGACGUCAAGGGCAACCUGGGUUUCAUUCAGCGCGACCCUGCAAAGGACGCACUCACUUUGCGCGGAUAUGCUACGGGGUAUCUGUGUGCCUGUUCCAAAGGAAAGCUCAAGGAUGGCAGAUUCAAAGCAAUCGCAGUGACACUUACCAACGAGCUACACGUGUUUGACCCUUCAGCGCUGACGCUUAAAGGCGACGCGUUGGCGACAAACCCGGAUGUCAAGGUCAUCCCAGCGCCCAGUGAUAUUCCCGACGGACAUUCCGCCGCUGCAAUUACCCAGCUGUUCAAUUCAUUGUUCGUCCUCACCUUUGUGGACCCGGAGCAGCCCAGUACCUGUCAAGUUCGCUCGGUCAACACUGCAGCCAAGCCAACCUCGUCCCACAUUUGGUCUGGAAUUUCCGACCUCGAGAUGGAUUACUCCUUCCCGUUUUCUUUGGAUGAGUGGCUGAACUGGGGUGUUUCGCAAACGCGUCUUGGUCUCGGAUUCGUGCUCAUCAACUCGACGCAUUCCCAGUACGCCGCUCUAAUUGAAGCGGAUGAGGACAAGCACAAGCCUCCACGAUGCGUCCAGCUCGCAGACGAUGCACGCAUUACCACGCCCACGAACGACACUGGCGACUCGUUUCCUGUCGCCACGGGUGUUUUCUGCACCGACAUGGGCUCGUUCCGAUCGCCCUUCAACCCCGACGACAUGCUCAAGGGCUGCCCCCACGUCUGCAUACUGACCAUGGACGGUGUUUUGGUUGUUUAUCGGUUUGUGUUGCAUCCCGAAAUCUACUACAGCCAGGAGCACAACUUUGCUCAUCCAUGGAUGCAGCCAGCGGAGCCGCUCCCUGUCGCUGCCGCUGGCCCUCCCGCGUCGCGUCAAGGCAGCACCCCUCUUGGAUCCGCCAGUUCGCUCGCCAAGCCUUCUUCCUCGGUGCUUCCCACGCUCGCUGCCUCCUCUACUGCUGUCCCUGCAGCCAAACCCGCGUUGUUCGGCACAGGGCUUGGCGGCACAUCAUCAUCGGCAAUCGCUGCGGCACCCGCACCCGCACCCGCAGCCGCACCCGCACCCGCACCCGCAGCCGUAGCUGCAUCCACACCUGCCUCUGCUCCGCUCGCAUUCAAAGGCUUUGGCGCUUCGCCAGCAGUCAGCGCGGGUGCUGCGGCACCUCGGCCUGCUUUUGGAGGCUUUGGGGCCUUUGGCGGGACUCCCGCCCAGCAGCCUGCUGCCGCCAUUGCGGGAGCUACACCUCCUGUAGCGGGUGGUGUGGCGCCAGCAGCGGCGGCCAAGCUGCCCUCGUUUGGUGCCGCUCCAACUGCGCUCGGAAAGCCGGCUUUGCCAGCCACUGGUCUUGCUUUUGGCGCCCCACCGAGCAGCGGCACAGCGGCAACCGUGCCCUCGCUCACGCCAGCUGGCGCCACUCUGCCAGCCGCGACUGCAGCGCCCGCUGCUGCCGCCCUCCCCACUGCAGCUUCGACUGUGGCUCCCCCAGCAUUUGGAAAGCCCGCUCUCGGUGGCGCCCCUCUCCCAGCGUUCGGACAACCCGCCAAACUCCCGUCCCUUGCUCCAGCGCCGACUGCGACCCUUGCUCCAGCUCCUGCCCCGGUUGCGGCGACUACCCCAGCGGCGUCACUUGCUCCGGCCGCUUCGUUGUCGCUGGGCGGUCUGGGUGGUCUGGGCGGUGCGCUUGGCUCGGCGCUGCCAACCACCAAUGCUCUCUCAGCUGCACCUGCCACGAAACCAAUCUCGCUUCCAACAAUCCCGCAGCCUGCCGCGUCCGGAUUGGCAACCCCGUCGUCUGCAAUCGGGCUGCCUCCAGUUGGCAGUGCCCCCGCUGUUGCAACGUCUGCUGCAGUGCCCACCACCAAGCCAGCGACCCUGAAUGUCGCAACACCAACAGCAACCACAGCAGUCGGGCUGCCAGGUGCUGCUGCGGCUGCCCCCACUCUUGCCGCUGCAGCUGCUCCAACUCAACCUCUGAAACCCGCAUUGCCAGCUCCCGUUGGCGGCGCUCCUGCCACUGCUCCUUCCACCUUGGCUGUUGCCAAGCCCACCCCGGCGAGCUCUGCACCAGAUGCCUCCACUUUGACCAAGGAAUUUGUUCGAGUCCAGCAAGAGUUUGAAAAGGCGUUGGACGCGAUUCGACCGCACACUCAAUCCCGUCCACGCGCAGCAGAGCAAAUCGCCAACGUCAAGGCGAAACGGGCCGAGUUUGAGUCCAUGCGGGACACGAUGAAAGCGAUUGAAAAAGAGACGAGCGAUUUGCAAGAGUCGCUGGGCAAUGCGCUGGCAGCUCAUUUGGAUGCUCUCAAGCGCGGAAAGUCCACCCAAAUCGCUCUUCAGAAGCAUUCUACGCCAGACUACGAACGCUUGCUUCGCAAACAACGCCUCCAUCCUGAGAAAGUCGCCUUUAUGGCCAAGGCCCUGUCACGCGCCGCCCACAUCAAGUCUCUGCUCGAAUCGAUCGACCAGCAAGCUGACCAGCUGGAUCUGGUGGCUCAACAGCGGGAGGAGCAACAGCGCAUGCAGACCGAGGUUCGCCGUCAAACCACGUCGCGCUUCCUGUCGCCGCUGCGACCGAUUGCUAGCGCUUCCUCCGCCCCGCAGCAGCCAAAGCCCAAGUUGGCCGCGCCGCUGGUGGACACCAUGUUCCGCACUCUGCGCGACAACUCUAUCGCCGCGGCCCGGGUCAACCAGACGAUUGAUAACUUGACCGAGCAGCUUCGCCAGCUUGCUCUCCAACAAAGCGGCAUCGCUCCACCAACUCCGCUUGCCGUGACUACGCGCGGUCUACAGUCUCCGUCGGCGCACUCGUCCCCAACAGCAAGUCUUCGUACGACUCCUGCGAAAGCGGCUCUGCGUGGGCCGGCUGGCACGCCCUCAUCCGUCGUCAGAGGGCUGCAAUCCCCGCGAACGCCGACUCGCCACUUUCGUGCACCGGACUUGGAUGAGAGCGAUGACGAGGCUGAUCUUUCCGUCAAUGCAUCUGCGCUCGAGCUCGUGCAGCCCUUCCGUGCAAGCGCGGAGGAAGCCCAGGCAACGGAUGCUGCGGCAAAGGAAGUCGUCGAUCGGACCAUGCGUCUUCGUCGCUUGCAUCGCGUCAUUGCUACGCAAGCCCCUUCAGUGCGAACCUUGAAUGCGAUUGCGGCAGCCGAGGCCGAGGAGGCCUCCUCGAAGGUUCGAUCUCGACCCCUGCCAUUGCAGGCCAAGUCACCCGUGCAUCUUGCCCUUGGUUCCAGUGGCAGCGCGUCCUUGUCGUCGGCAGACAAUGCGGGUGCGGAUUUGCAUGCCUCGACGUUUAUCACACCGGCUUCGACUCCCGCUCCAUCUACCGCGAAAAUGCCCGCUGCUGCAUCCGCUGCUGCUUCUUCUUCCUCACCGGCAACCGUGGGAAGGUCGGUCGCUUCUGCUCCUUUGACGUCGGCUCAAUCCGCGCUGGUGGCUGCCAACCUCGUUCCCUUUGGCAAAUUCAACCAAGUUCCAGUCCAAACUCCAUCCAUCCCGCCUGCUGCUGCUGCUGCUGCUGCUGCUGCUGCUGCUGCUCCCACCCCUUCGAGUUUGAGCACUGCUCCGGCCUCACUUGUCAACGUUGCUGCCACCGCCGCAGUCCCCGCAAAGCCGAGCACGUUGGCUUCCGCAUCUUUGCCCUUGCCUUCCACGUCUAUGCCUUUGCCGGCGUCAACAGCACAGACCGUGCAGCCCAAGGCCCCUGCGGCAUCCGUUGCUGCUCCUGCAGCCGUGCUUCCCGCGCCUUCAGUUGCUGCUCCCGCUGCGGCGGCCCUUGCACCGGCUUCGGGUGUCGCGCUCAAGCCGUUGGCCACCACGUUGGCAGCAGCACCCAUCCCGACCGCUACUGCUUCUCCGACAACCGUCCCAGCGCCAAUUGCCAAACCAAGUGCUUUGGCAGGCCCUGCACCCUCAUCUGUGUCGUCGCUGCUCUCCGGAUUUGACUCCAUCAAGGUGAAUCCAGUGACGACCACCCCAGCUGCUGCUCCUGUUGCUGCUGCUCCCGUUGCUGCUGCUCCCGUUGCUGCUGCUCCGGCAACCGCUGUUCCUGCUGCUCCGGCAACCGCUGUUCCUGCUCUUCCGAAGGCGACUGCAACACCUGGGCAGCCUGCUCCCACAGCCGCUGUUGGUGCCCUCGGAGCUACUCCUCGACCGGCUGGAGCUGCUCCGUUUGGCCAGUCUUUUGCCAAACCUGCCGCUGCUGCAGCACCAGUUGGUGUCGGCGCUGGUGUCGGCGCUGCUCCAGCCGCCUCUAAACUGGCCGCACCAGCAACGACUGCUGCAGUCGCUGGGGUGCCCGUUGCCGCUGCACCUGCUGGGUUUGUCAGCAAGUUUUCUGCAGAGACAGCCGCUGCCGGUGCGACUGCCCCUGCAGCGGCAUCUCUCUAUGGUGGUCUGGGAGCAACGGGCGCUGCUGCGUCUGCAGGGACGCCCGCCAUGUUUGGCAAGGCGGCAGUCAACGCAGCCGGAUCGGCGGCACCGGCAGGCGGUGCGGCUCCGGCGACGUCCUUUGGAGCAGUCCGUCCUGUCGGCACUUCUGCAGCGCCUUCAUUUGGUGCUGCCCCUGCCCUUGGCAAGCCGGCUGGCUUUGGCGCCGCGCCAGCAUUUGGCGGCGCCCCGGCAAUGGGCGGCGCUUCCGGCAUGGGUGCUGCACCUACGUUUGGUGGCAGUCCUGGAUUUGGCUCGUCCACUCUUGCUCCGCGCCCUGCUUCGACCGUAGUCGCAGGGGGCGGCGCCGGCUUUGGAGGUGGGAUUGCCUUGGGCAACGCCAUUUCCAGUGGCAAAGCAAGCACUGCGUUUGCCUCCUCGGGUGGAGCUUCCUCGUGGGCCCAAAUGGCUGGCGGCGCUUCGGUUUUGGGCGGUGGCUCUGCCCUUGGUGGCGGCGCUGGGCUUGGUGCGCAGCGACCCGCUGGAUUUGGCCAGCAGGCCGCUGGCUUUGGACAGCAACCGGCGUUUGGACAACAGCCGGCGUUUGGACAACAGCCAGCAUUUGGACAGCAACCGGCAUUUGGACAGCAGCCGGCAUUUGGACAGCAGCCCGCUGGCUUUGGGCAGUCGUCCCUUGGUGCCAGUACACUCGGCGCUGGCCGUGGCGCAGCUUUCGGUGCUGGUGGUGCUGGUGCUGGUGCUGGUGGCGCAUGGGCUCCGCGCAAGUAAACGCCAGUUUCUCUCGCUUUGGUCUCGCAUCUUCCUCACCCCAACAUGCACUGUUGUUCUUUGCGUGGCUUGUAGAGCAUCAACAUGCUAUAUUCAUGAUUACAAGUAUGCUUUACCAAAUCAAAUUAACAAACAAAUCAAUGCAAACGAGUUAAA